UCAGUCUUCACUGCUAAAAAAUUAGGGUUCUUCCCCCUUCAUUGCCUUCACAAUUCACACUUCAGAGAUCAGAGUCUAGAUCACGGCCAGACGGGGAUUCUUCACUCUUCACUUCUUCAGCCGCAGGUUGCAGCUUACAGUCGUCACUCGCCACCCUUAGUUCUCCGCCGCCACCGCACGACGCCAGCCGCCUGCCAGGGACGCCACCGCCCACCGCCCACCGCCCACCGGCCGACGCCUGCCAUCGACGCCAGGUCACUCAUCGACUCAUCGCUGCACUGCCGACUGCCCAUCUCCAUUGCCGUAUUUCCGUCUGCCCAUCUCCAUUGCUCCAGGACUCCAUUCUCCUAAUCUCCAGCAACGAACAGAGUACCAUUGGGUAGUGGAACCUUUUACUAAAGAACAGGGGUGCAGAAGUGAGCAGAACUGCUGACCGUAAUUUACCUAAAUGGCCAAUGGCAACAAACUGAGCAUUGGGACUUUCUUGCUUUCUCACAGUUCAUAACUUCAUAUCCCUUCACCAUCUUCAGCCGUUCAAAUUCUCGGAAUCCAUGGAUACUCCUGUGAAGUCCUUGAAUCCCAACAAACAUCUCAAGGAGCAGUUUGUUAGCAACCUCAACGGGUCUUCCAUGCUCGAAUUGUUUUCUCUCACGGCAGUUCUCUCUAUUGUGGUACUCUUGCAACGUGCUUUUGGCUUCAAUUCUCAAACUGGUGCUGAUUCUGCAGAGGCUUUGUCAAAGAAGGAUGAUAAUGAUAAUGGUUUUUUGCGUACUAAGAACUUUACCAAGUACAUUGCUAUGCUUUCCCUGGAUUUCCUCUACAUAGUUGUUCCAUUCAUUUUAUAUACAACUGUUCUAGCAGAUUGGACUUAUAUAAAUACAACUACUGUUGCCUUGUUGCUGCUGUUUUGUAUUUUGGCUGGAAGAUUUGGAUCUUUUUUUCAGGAAGAUGGGGUUCAAUCUCUUAGACAAAACAUAUCAUCCUACAGGGUAUCCCUGAUGCUUCUUACAUGCUUAUGUAUUCUGGCUGUUGACUUCAAAAUAUUUCCAAGAAGAUAUGCUAAAACAGAGACUUAUGGGACUAGCUUGAUGGAUCUUGGUGUAGGCUCAUUUGUAUUGGCAAAUUCAUUGGUUUCACGACAGGCACGCGGUAUCUCUACACUGAAGAUAUCUAAUUCAUUGUGUUCAGCUAGCCCGCUAAUAUUUCUAGGCUUUGCCCGACUUAUUUCUACAUCGAGUGUGGACUAUCAGGUUCAUGUAGGGGAGUAUGGAGUGCAUUGGAAUUUCUUUUUCACACUUGCUGGUGUGGCAAUCCUAACAUCAAUUAUUAAUGUUCCUCCGAGUUACUGUGGGAUACUGGGCUUACUCAUUCUUCUAGAUAAAAGAGGAGCAGAUCUAAUUAGCCAGAACAAGGAAGGAAUUUUCAGCAUUUUUGGUUAUUGGAGUUUGUAUCUUGUUGGAGUCCAACUAGGAAACUUUCUUUUCUUUGAGAACCAUGCUAAUUCUUCGUUGAGAACCAAUAAAUGGGCAAGAAUUAGAGUUUGGGUUCUAUCUCUCUCAUUCUGGUUGUUGGCAUACAUUCUGGACAGGCACGUUGAGAGGGUUUCCCGCAGAAUGUGCAAUUUGGCCUAUGUUACUUUAGUAUUGGCUCAAAAUCUACAGGUUUUGGGGAUAAUCAUGCUCUCUGAUUACAUACCCAGACACAAACUUUCUGCAUUGGAGGAAGCAUUUGACCAAAACCUCCUUGCAUCUUUUCUUCUGGCUAAUGUGCUCACUGGGCUCGUGAAUCUAUCUGUUGACACCCUGUUUGUUUCAUCUGUGUCAGCACUCGCAAUCUUACAAGUCUAUGCAUUCGUUUUAUCUCUUGCAGUCGGAUUUGCUAAAUUUUAUGGCAUCAAGUUCAAGUUCUGGUAAUGAACCCUGUAUUAAGUAUACUCAGAUUUCAUCUAACCUCCGUAAUUUUUUAAGACUAUCAGUUCCAUUUAUUUGCACUACAGUUUAAUUUGCUUUCAAACUAAAAUCUGUUCUUUUUUUAUUUACCAAAAAAAAAAUCUGUUCUUUUCACAUCAUUACUAAUAGAUCCUGAAUAGUUAGAGCAAAAGCAUAGUAACUGUAUUUAUCGGGUAAUAAAACUAAGGUCCUGAGUGUCA